AUGAAUAAAGUUGUGCUAAAGGUGGAACUACUAGAUGACAAAAUUAAGAAAAAAGCCAUGAAGGUCGUCUCCAAUAUUUCAGGAGUUGAAUCAGUGGCAAUGGAGAUGAAGGAGCAGAAAUUAACUUUAAUUGGAGACAUGGACGCUGUGGUUAUAGUGGAGAAACUGAGGAAGCUGUGUUACACCGAGAUACUCUCUUUUGGACCCGCGAAGGAAGAGAAGAAGGAAAAGACUAAAGAGGAGAAGAAGCAGACACAGAACAAGAAUAACAAUGAUAAUAUUUUGAAGGUCUGCGACGCCUACCAUAAGCAUUAUCAUUACUCAAGUUAUGUAGAAGAGAAUCCCAAUGCAUGUGUGAUUUGCUAA